GAGCGACCAAAUCCACCAGCAGCAACCGGUUUGUCACAUGACCAGCGUGCAGCGCUGCCUGCCUGCCUCUCAGUGUGUGUGUAUGUGCACGGUGUAUGAGUGUGUGUGUGUGUGUGUUUGGCUUUUUAUUUCCGCGUUCAUCCAGGGAGCGCUGAGCUGAAUGAGUCUCCACGGCCGCCCUCUGUCUGCCGAUCACGCCGCCGAUCUGCGUCGCCGUGCGGGGGGAGACUCUCAUCACGCAACCGCAUCUCCGGGAGCCACGCAGCAGCGGCACCAUGCUCACGCGUAUGAAAUCGGCGGUGGCCAAUUUUAUGGGAGGUAUGAUGGCCGGUGGCUCCAACGGAGACCAUCCGGGCGGCUCGGAUCUGCCGCUGAAAUACCCGUACAGCCGGCCGGAGUUCCUGGGACUGUCGCCGGAUGAGAUCGAGUGCUCGGCGGAUCACAUAGCGAGACCGAUCCUGAUCCUGAAGGAGACCAAGCGGCUGCCCUGGUCCACCGGCUACGCAGAGGUGAUCAAUGCAGGAAAGAGCACACUGAAUGAGGACCAGGCCUGCUGUGAGGUGCUGGUGGUCAAGAGGAGACCCACAGGAAGCUCUACACCCAACCGAACCACCAUGGAUCGCAGGAGGUCUUCCCUGCCUAACGGAGAGGGCCUGGGCCUCCGGGAGAACCUGGAUGGCUCUGAGGAUCUGACCUUUCACUACUGGGCGUUGUUUGACGGUCAUGCUGGUUCUGGGGCGGCUGUAGUGGCCUCCCGUCUCCUCCAUCACCACAUCGCACUGCACCUGCAGGAGGUGAUGGAGAUUCUCUGCACCCCCAACCUGCUGCCACCCACAUGCCUGGGUGAAGAACCCAUCAAUCACCACCUCACCCCGACAUCUCAGCGUGCCCUUACCAGAGCUGCUUCACUCCGAGGCGCCGCGGGGGCUCCAGGUUCCCCCAGCACCCCACCCACUCGAUUCUUCACAGAGAAGAAAGUUUCACCCGAGAGUCUGGUGAUCGGAGCCAUCGAGAAUGCCUUCAAAGACAUGGAUGUCCAGAUAGAAAAGGAGAAAGCCGUCUACAACAUCUCAGGUGGCUGCACUGCACUGGUGGUCGUCUAUUUGCUCGGAAAGCUCUACGUUGGGAACGCCGGGGACAGCAGAGCUAUCAUUAUCCGGGCUGGGGAAGUCAUUCCCAUGUCAACAGAGUUCACACCAGAGUCGGAGAGACAGCGACUGCAGUUCUUGGCCUACAUGCAGCCCCACUUAUUAGGGAAUGAGUUUACACAUCUGGAGUUCCCGAGAAGACUGCAUAGGAAGGAGGUGGGGAAGAGGAUCCUGUACCGUGACUUCACCAUGUCCGGAUGGGCUUACAAAACCAUAGAGGACGAUGACCUAAAGUUUCCACUGAUCUACGGCGAAGGGAAGAAGGCUCGUGUGUUGGCUACCAUCGGUGUCACGAGAGGUCUGGGCGACCACAAUCUCAAAGUGCACGACUCCAACAUUUACAUCAAGCCCUUCCUGUCCUGCUGCCCAGAGGUCAAAUUUUACCCCUUAGCACAGUCUGAGCAUGGAGCCGAUGACGUUCUGGUGCUGGGAACCGACGGUCUGUGGGACGUCCUCUCCAACCAGGAAGUAGCCGAAGCAGUCAGCUGUUUCCUGGCGAACUGCGACCCCGACGACCAGCACAGGUACACAAUGGCAGCUCAAGACCUGGUAAUGAGAGCACGAGGGGUGCUGAAGGAUCGAGGCUGGAGGAUAUCCAACGACAGAUUAGGCUCUGGAGAUGACAUCUCUGUCUACAUCAUUCCCCUCAUGUACGGUAACAAGCAGAACUAGCCGAGCUACGAAACGACAACCACCACAGCAGCGCAGCCCCGCCUUGUCCUUCCAACUUUACUUGUGCAGUUUCCCUCAUCCCUUGUUCUCUUUUAAAAGUGCUUUAGUGUGGACUUCCUCCUUUGUUGAGGGGUCCGAGCUGUUUCUGGCCAGAUAUGGGAUUUCUGGCCCCUUGAUCACCCUCAAUUAGGGUGAUCUCUAUUUGACUGCUUCUUUUUUAUGGAUAAAAGUGAGUUGUUGUUUUUUUUUUGUUCAGCCUCGAGGAAGCCAUCAUGAACUUUGUUGCGGGGAACAGCUGAAGAGCCCGGACUCUCGUAGAUGAGAUGAUGAUGCGCAUCUCAGGAUCGCUGUUAGUAACUAAUGCACAAUAUUUAUAAAUGUGAAAAUGUAAAUAUUCCUUCUGAGACGUAUGACAUUUGAUAAGUGUGUUUGGUUGAACACCUGUACAGUGUAAAGAAAAAAAAACUAACCUGAAGACUGAUGUCUUGUAUAUAUUAAUCGCACCUCCUCUGUUCCCAUGUGGGUUUUUAAUUCAUUUGAAUUUUGCCAGUCAUAAUUGUAGUCACCUGUUGAAAGGUUAAAAAAAAAAAACAGAAACUUGCGAGCCUUAUCUAGACUGUUGCUUCUCAUAAUGCUGCAGGUGUGUUUUUGUUCAUUUGCACUGCAACACUGCUUCCACUGAAACUGAAGAAACCCAUUUAUGAAGAAUAGACUGGCAUGAUGAGCCAACUUUAAGGUUUUGGCUAUGUGAGACCAAGAAGACUUUCUCCUGCACUCGUUCUCCACCAGCCUCUGAAAUGUCUUCCUUUUAUCCUCUUUAAGACAUGGUGUCAUUGUCCUCUUUAAGCGGCUGUUUGCAUGCUACAUCAGGUGUGUUAUCACCUGCUACCUGUGCCAUUAUUAACUUGCAUUGUCACACUUUAUACAUAGAGUUCUAAACUUUUGUCAGAUGUUUGUGCCCAUUGGAAGAAACUGAUCCAUAGGAAUAACCGGUGCCUCUAACAAUACUCUGAUUUUUAACAUCAUUUUUAGUAAAAGUAACACUCAUCAUUGCUGACGGUAAAUCGACAACUCUGACCUUAUGUGUCUCAAUACUGUUCUCUGAUUCAGCGGUUUUAGUUCAUUUAGAUGUUACUCUUUUUAUCUUUACUGCUGUACAAGUGACAGAAGCUAAUGGAACAGAGUAUCUCGAUGUAUAAAUGUAAAUAAUGUUUUCAGUGGACCCUUCUUUCUUUUACUGUAAGUGAUGUACAUCUUGCAGAAACCAAAACUCGUAAUUUGUACUGUUUUAGAAACCUAGAAACAGUGUAAAAAAUGGUUUAAAGGCUUACUUUUCUGCUCUAUUAAAAAAAGUGACAAUUUC